UGGGGGGGGGACGGACCGGUCAUGUGACUCCGGCUGGCGGUGGGCGCUGCUGAAGGCUUGAGGCGCGAGCGGGGCGGUGGGCGUUAGGGACCCCGCGCGCGCCGGCAGGAUGCAGAACGUCAUCAACACGGUGAAGGGGAAGGCGCUGGAGGUGGCCGAGUACCUCACUCCCGUGCUCAAGGAGUCAAAGUUUAAAGAAACUGGAGUCAUCACUCCUGAAGAGUUUGUGGCAGCUGGAGACCAUUUAGUUCACCACUGUCCUACUUGGCAAUGGGCUUCAGGAGAAGAAUUAAAGGUCAAGGCUUAUCUGCCAACAGACAAACAGUUUUUGGUAACUAAAAAUGUGCCAUGCUACAAGCGGUGUAAACAGAUGGAGUAUUCAGAUGAACUGGAAGCAAUUAUAGAAGAAGAUGAUGGUGAUGGGGGAUGGGUAGACACAUUUCACAAUGCAGGUAUUGCAGGCGGGACAGAAGCAAUUAAGGAGAUCACACUGGAGAGCAAGGACAGUAUAAAACUACCAGGACAUCCAGCCUCUUGUGAAGAUGAUGAGGAAGAUGAAGAAGAAGCAGCUGACAUGGAAGAAUAUGAAGAGAGUGGGCUAUUGGAGACAGAUGACGCAACUCUUGAUACAAGAAAAAUAGCAGAAGCUAGCAAAGCUAAAGCUGAUGUCGGAGGGGAAGAUGCCAUCCUGCAGACCAGAACUUAUGACCUCUACAUCACUUAUGACAAAUACUACCAAACCCCAAGGCUGUGGUUAUUUGGAUAUGAUGAGCAACGGCAGCCUUUAACGGUAGACUACAUGUAUGAAGAUAUUAGUCAAGAUCAUGUCAAAAAAACAGUAACAAUUGAAAAUCAUCCCCAUCUUCCUCCACCACCUAUGUGUUCAGUUCAUCCAUGCAGGCAUGCAGAAGUGAUGAAGAAAAUAAUUGAAACAGUUGCAGAAGGUGGGGGAGAACUUGGAGUUCAUAUGUACCUUCUUAUUUUCUUGAAAUUUGUACAAGCGGUCAUUCCAACAAUAGAAUAUGACUACACAAGACACUUUACAAUGUAACUAGAAAUCACAAAUGUCUAUGCUAAUUACUGGUUCUGAUUUUUU